AUGGUCCAAUAUCGAAGCCAUCCCUCGAGCCUUGCGACAUUACGCUCGUCACGCAGUGAUUACUGGAAGGUCUGGUCACCAGCUCACUUCGAGGAUGACAGGAUCCCUUCAAAAGAGCUCAAGCUUCAGAUCGAUGCGCGCAGCGGUGGCGGCCGACAAUAUACCUCUGGCACGAGUCGCUCAAGGUUACGCAUCCUCGCAUACCGCGCUCAACGGCGACUACGAUGCUAUGAUGGAGACCCAAAGAACUUGUUGCGAAUCUUCUGCCGCCAGCGUGGACUGCCGAUUGCCCUCCAGAAGGCCCACAAACUUGAACUAAUCAAGGCCCUCGAGACCGCCGACGAGUUGGCCACCUUUGAUCGCUUCCUCGAUCUUCCAGCUGAGUUAAGACUUCUCGUAUACGGCUUUCACUUCGACGAUUUCGAAAUGCGAGCGAAUUGCACCGACAAAAUCUUGUCCCACCGGGAACUCACAUACCCAGCUACCCCAGCUAUCGCUCAGGUCUGCUCGCUCAUCCGUCGCGAGAGUCUUCCAUGCUUCUACCAGACCACAAGCUUUGUUUUCAUCGCCUUGACUCGCCCGAAGAAAUUGAAUGUGCCUCCAAAGCCGCGUGCUUCAGCGGGAGUUCGGUUCCUCAAGACCUUGCCAGCAGAAACAAUCGCCAUGAUUCGACACAUUACUUUUCGAGGAUACUUCUCGUCAGCAAUCCAUGGCACUGUUGGAGAGAAGACGGAGAUGACCAUUGACAUGGGUAUCGGCAAGAUAAAUCCGAAGGUGGUCGCAUACCAACGACCGAAGAAGGGGCACGGCCGAGUCCGCCCAGGCAAGGCUAAGAUUGAGCGCAAGCUUGAGCGCCGUGCGCAUCGUUUCGUUAGAAGUAUGACUGGCAGACCCAACGACCAAAGACUACUCAAGAGCGACUUUAAAGCUAUCAGCACACUCUACAAACAGUACGGGGGGAAAGUUUACAGGAAGUCAUAG